CAUCUGCAGCCCACUUGCCGGGAGGGCGCUCCUUCCAGGCCAGACUCCCUCAGGAGCCCAGCCCGGAGUGCGCAGGCGAGGCGUCAGGAACGAGUGAGGGCCCGCGCGCACGGGCAUGCAGUAAACGUCCUCCGAGGCAUGAUCAGCGUUUGGGGCACGAUGGUGGACAAGGAAAACGCGGUCGCUGCCUUGAUGGAGGUUGCGGUCUGAUGGGGGAGAUACGCAGAUCAUCGAGGCUGAACUGCAUUCCACCAGGCACUGGGAGCUAACUGCUGAGGGCAAGGAGAUUGCCCGGGAGGGCAGCCAUGAGGCGCGGGUGUUGCGCAGCGUCCCUCUGGAAGGCCUGGCCCAGAGCGAGCUCAUGCGAAUGCCCAGUGGCAAGGUGGGCUUCAGCAAGGCCAUGUCCAACAAGUGGGUCCGCGUGGACAAGAGCAUGGCCGAUGGACCCCGAGUGUUCCGUGUGGUGGACAACGUGGAAGAUGAGGUGCAGCGGCGGCUCCAGCUGGUCCAGGGUGGGCAGGCUGAGAAGCUGGGUGAGAAGGAGAGGAAUGAGCUCAGGAAAAGGAAGCUGCUGACUGAAGUAACCCUGAAGACCUACUGGGUGAGCAAAGGCAGUGCUUUUAGUACCAGCAUCGCCAAGCAAGAGUCAGAGCUGAGCCCAGAGAUGAUCUCCAGUGGCUCCUGGCGAGACCGACCCUUCAAACCCUACAACUUCUCAGCCCAUGGGGUCCUCCCCGACAGUGGCCACCUGCACCCCCUGCUCAAGGUCCGCACCCAGUUCCGGCAGAUCUUCCUGGAGAUGGGGUUCACUGAGAUGCCAACCGACAACUUCAUUGAGAGCUCCUUCUGGAACUUUGACGCGCUCUUCCAGCCCCAGCAGCACCCAGCACGCGACCAGCAUGACACCUUCUUCCUACGAGAUCCGGCUGAGGCCCUGCAGCUCCCCAUGGACUAUGUCCAUCGGGUGAAGCGGACCCACUCUCAGGGUGGCUAUGGCUCACAGGGGUACAAGUAUAACUGGAAGCUGGACGAGGCCCGGAAGAACCUGCUACGCACGCACACCACGUCGGCGAGUGCCCGUGCCCUCUACCGUCUGGCUCAGAAAAAGCCCUUUACACCCACCAAGUACUUCUCCAUUGACCGUGUAUUCCGAAAUGAGACACUGGAUGCCACACAUCUGGCUGAGUUCCACCAGAUUGAGGGCGUUGUGGCUGACCAUGGCCUCACCCUCGGCCACCUCAUGGGCAUCCUGCGGGAGUUUUUCACCAAGUUGGGUAUCACCCAGCUGCGCUUCAAACCAGCCUACAACCCGUACACAGAGCCCAGCAUGGAGGUGUUCAGCUACCACCAAGGCCUGAAGAAGUGGGUGGAAGUCGGGAACUCUGGGCUCUUCCGUCCCGAGAUGCUGCUGCCCAUGGGGCUCCCCGAGAACGUGUCAGUCAUUGCCUGGGGCCUCUCCCUGGAGCGCCCAACAAUGAUCAAAUAUGGCAUCAACAAUAUCCGGGAGCUGGUCGGCCACAAGGUGAACCUGCAGAUGGUGUACGACAGUCCCCUGUGCCGCCUGGACGCUGACACGGGGCCCCCUCGAACACAGGGAGCUGCAUGACAUGGGCCACCCUGGGAAUAGCUUGCCCUCUCGAGCCCCUGCUGCCCAGCCCCUUUGCAUCCCUCGCCUGUGACCCCCUUGUAUUUAUGAGGCCUCUAUGAGGCCAUCCCCCAAACCCUGGUAUUCCUUCUCCACCCAGCCCAGGGUCCCAGGGGCAGGGGAGCAGGUAGCAGGUACAUUCUGUUGUCCACCCUUGAGGGUGGGCCCUGGGGAGUCCUGAAGGCUGGCUACUGGCUAAUAAAGUGGGUAGUUGCCCUCA